AAGGGUCAUGCUGGAGUAUAAGAAGGAGAGGUGGAAACUCGGUUGAACAGAAUUAGAACCGGCAUCACUCUGACAAUCUGCAGGUCUUGAGAAUCAACCCAGGAGGACUGCAACAUUAAAAUAAACAAACAUGGGAUCAUCCGAAUCAAAACCUGCUCCACGAGAAUACUCACCACCUAAACCUGCAGCGCCGGUUCAAAAACAAGAAUUGGACAAACCAUGGAGGAGCUUUAAAUGGGACAAUAUAUCAGAACUGAAAAGGAAUCUAGAAGAAUUUAAACCGAGUGUUUCAAAUGUUAAGGACAUCAAUAUUCUUGUUGCUGGUCAAAUUGGUGCAGGAAAGUCCAGCUUUAUAAACUCCAUCAAUGACGUUUUUCAAGGUCGGAUGACCUCAUCAGCGCUUGUUAAUUCAUCUUCUGGUGGUAGUACAAGUUUCACAACUAAACUGAAAGGACACCGCAUCAGAAAAGGAAAAGUCGCUUUGCCCUUUGUCUUCAGAGACAUAAUGGGUUUAGAACCUGAUGCAUUGGCUGGAUCUCAAACAGAAGACAUCGUCAAUGCUGUAUUUGGCCAUGUGAAAGACGGCUAUGAAUUCAAGAAGAACCCACUCACUCAUAAGGAUCAACAAUUUACCAGUGAGCCCAGUCUCUCUGACCAGGCUUUCUGUCUGGUUUACGUCAUAGCUGCUGAUACAGUCCAGUUCACAGAUGACAAACUCAUUGACAAGUUGAAGAUCAUCCGCCAAAGAAUAAGUGAUGCAGGGAUUCCUCAAGUGAUUGUCAUGACUAAAGUGGAUGAAGCAUGUCCACUGGCGAAAAAUGAUCUAAGAAAGAUCUACUACAGCAAGAAGAUCAAAGAGAAGAUGCAGAUGUGCAGUGAUAAAGUGGGUGUGCCAAUGAACUAUAUCUUCCCAGUGAAGAACUACCAUGAUGAGAUCGAAACUGAUGAUGAUAUUGAUGUUCUGAUUCUGAAAGCUUUGGAACAGAUUGUAAAUCUUGCUGAUGAUAAAUUGAUUGAAAACAGUGAUAACUGACAUACAAAACACAGUUAAUAAUGAUUUGUUAUCCUUGGUAUGCAAUCGCGUUUAUGUUUUCUAAAAUGUCAAAGUUUAUUAUGUUUUUUAACUAAAAAAAGCAAUCAAUUUUGGGCAUAAUGGUGAAUAAUUUUGACAUAUAGUAAAUGGUACAGUAUUUACAGUGUGCUUGUCCUGAAAGUCUUAUUUCUCAAAGGUUACAAUGAGCAAUCAGAAUAUACACUUUUGUUUUGAAAGACUUAUCGUAAUUCAAUUAAUGAAUUAUAAAAAAAUCCUUAACAACUGUCUGUGUGUGCACAAAUAUUGAAACAUUACUAACCGACUGUCCAAUACUCACAUGGUGGGUCUGUGCUGCAGUCUCAGCAAAUGAAAUGAAAGUACUGAACAGAACUGCGCCUGUGUGAGAGAGGAUUCCAGAUUCUUGAUGUUUGUGAAAAGGUGUCUGUAAGAGCAUUGAACAGUUUAUGACACAUAACAUAAUCGUGGCCUUUAUAUUGAAUGGUUUAUGGAUACUUUAACAUAUUGGACAUUAAAUAGUGCUUUUUAUAACAAACAGCAGAACAAUAGCUGUGCAUUUAUAUGUAUCUAAAUGUCUGGAAACAGUAAAAGUCUUAAUGCAAUUUAAUGCAACAAUUUUAAACAAUGAUAACAUGGUUGCUUGCUAUCAGGGUAAGCAUUAAAAUGAUUUCAAAUUCAUUUGAAAGGUUUGAUCACACCGAAUUCUCAAGAUUGUCUGAGCUGUACUUGUAAAGCUGAUGUUGUUGAUUAUUCUAUCAAGCUGAAGUCGUUACUGCAAAUAAAGCAACCGCUGCAAGGCU